AUGUUCUCUUCAAUUGUCCUUCUCAGCGGCCUGGUCGCCUCCGCACUUGCGGCCCCAGCUCUUGAACCUCGUGCUAGCUGCACUUUCACCGAUGCGGCCACUGCCAUUAAGAACAAGGCCAGCUGCUCUACUAUCAUCCUCAACAACAUUGCCGUUCCUGCUGGAACCACUCUGGACUUGACCAAGCUCAAGGAUGGCACUCACGUUAUCUUCCAGGGCAAGACCACUUUCGGCUAUUCCCUCUGGGAAGGCCCUCUUAUCUCGUUCACCGGUAACAACCUCCUCAUCGAGGGAGCUGCUGGACACUCCAUCGACUGUGAGGGUAAGAGAUGGUGGGAUGGCAAGGGCAGCAACGGCGGUAAGAAGAAGCCCAAGUUCUUCAGCGCCCACUCUCUCAAGAACUCAAACAUCAAGAACCUGAACGUUCUCAACACCCCCGUCCAGGCUUUCAGCAUCAACAGCGUCACCAACUUGGGUGUCUACGGCGUUACCUUGGACAACUCUCUUGGCGAUACCCUUGGUGGACACAACACUGAUGCUUUCGACGUUGGCUCCUCCAACGGCGUGUAUAUCUCUGGAGCUAUUGUCAAGAACCAGGACGAUUGUCUCGCCAUCAACUCUGGUACCAACAUCACCUUCACAGGCGGCAACUGCAGUGGCGGCCAUGGUCUCUCCAUCGGAUCUGUUGGUGGACGCUCUGAUAACACCGUCAAGACUGUCCGCAUCCUCAACUCUUCCAUCUCCAACUCCGACAAUGGUGUCCGCAUCAAGACCGUUUCUGGCGCUACUGGUUCCGUUUCCGAUGUCAAGUACGACACCAUCACCCUCUCUAACAUUGCCAAGUACGGUAUUGUCAUUGAGCAGGAUUACGAGAACGGCUCUCCUACUGGAACCCCCACUGCUGGUGUCCCCAUCACCGACGUCACCAUCAACAAGGUCACCGGCACUGUCAAGUCUAGUGGAACUGAUGUCUACAUCCUUUGCGCCAACUGCAAGAACUGGACCUGGACCAACAACAAGGUUACUGGCGGAAAGACCUCUACCAAGUGCAAGGGAAUCCCCUCUGGCGCCUCUUGCUAA